CGCGCGCACUCUGCUGCUCGUUCUUUGUCCUCCAUUGCAGCUGGUGUUCACAGCUCCGCCGCACCGCGCAGGCCCGAAGUAGCGCAGCCGCUCUGAGUGUGUUUGAGUGAAACUGUAUCGGGUGAUGGAAGACCAUACGGUGCAUCAGACGGAGCAUAUGACCACUAUUGAGGCCCACGCCGUCUCUCAGCAGGUCGGGCAGGUGCACGUCGCCACAUACACAGAGCAUGGCAUGCUGAGUGCCGACGAGGAUUCGCCCUCCUCGCCUGACGAUGAUGCUUAUGAUGACUCCGACAUCCUCAAUUCAACUGGAACAGAUGAAGUCACCGCACAUCUGGCUGCUGCAGGGCCUGUUGGCAUGGCAGCAGCUGCCGCUGUGGCAACAGGGAAGAAACGUAAAAGGCCUCACAUCUUUGAAUCAAACCCUUCAAUCCGUAAAAGACAACAGACGCGCCUGCUUAGGAAGCUGAGAGCAACUCUAGACGAAUACACAACACGGGUCGGCCAGCAGGCUAUUGUUUUAUGCAUAUCUCCCUCUAAACCAAAUCCUGUUUUUAGAGUAUUUGGAGCGGCACCACUAGAGAAUGUAGUGAGGAAAUACAAGAGCAUGAUUCUGGAGGAUCUGGAAAACGCUCUGGCUGAACACGCACCCCCAGGUGGAGGAGAACUCACCUCUGAACUUCCUCCGCUGACUAUUGAUGGGAUACCAGUGUCUGUGGACAAGAUGACACAGGCCCAGCUCCGAGCGUUCAUUCCAGAAAUGCUGAAGUAUUCCACAGGCCGAGGGAAGCCCGGCUGGGGGAAAGAAAGCUGCAAGCCCAUCUGGUGGCCAGAGGAUAUUCCCUGGGCCAAUGUGCGCAGUGACGUCCGAACAGAGGAGCAGAAACAGAGGGUGUCAUGGACGCAGGCCCUGAGGACUAUCGUUAAAAACUGCUAUAAGCAGCAUGGGAGAGAAGACCUGCUCUAUGCCUUUGAGGACCAGGUCACCACACAAGUUGCCACAACAGCCACACACAGCAUUGCGCACCUGGUGCCGUCACAGACUGUAGUGCAGACGAUCAGUAAUCCUGAUGGAACCGUCUCACUCAUACAGGUUGGCACUGGAGCUACAGUAGCGACACUGGCAGAUGCGUCAGAAUUGCCUGGCACAGUGACAGUAGCCCAAGUGAACUACUCCACAGUGACGGAUGGAGAGGUACUAUUAACUCUCACAAUUUCUUACCUGAAUAUUUCACAAGUUUGCAUCUUUAUACACAAAUACUAUUCUUUUAUCUCAUAUUUCUUCCCUUACAUCCCAUAUUUUCCUUCUGUCUUUGAGGUGGAGCAGAAUUGGGCCACACUUCAGGGAGGCGAGAUGACCAUCCAAACCACACAAGCGUCAGAGGCCACGCAGGCUGUGGCCUCUUUAGCCGAAGCUGCGGUUGCAGCUUCGCAAGAGAUGCAAACCGGGGCAACUGUAACCAUGGCCCUCAACAGCGAAGCAGCAGCUCACGCAGUGGCGACAUUAGCAGAAGCGACUCUUCAAGGCGGAGGACAGAUCGUGUUAGCAGGAGAAACGGCGGCUGCAGUCGGAGCGUUAACUGGAGUUCCGGAUGGCAGUGGUCUCGUCCAAAUUCCAGUCAGCAUGUAUCAGACUGUGGUCACCAGUUUGGCCCAGGGCAAUCGGCCCGUUCAGGUGGCCAUGGCUCCCGUAGCCACUCGAAUCGACAACACGAUGACACUCGACGGGCAGGCGGUGGAAGUGGUGACCCUGGAACAGUGACAUACUCUACCCCUGCAGGUGUGCGGGACAGGAACUUCAGCGCCUAUGUGAAGUAGCUGCUGGAAUAUAGUGUAAAAAAAUAAUAUUCGAGCCUGUUCUCAUGUCUGCAGGGGUGUGUAGAGGUUUUCUUGUUAUUAUUAUUCAUUUCCGUUUUGUUUUUUUUACGCUGUACACCCAAUUAGUUGUCUUAUUUUCAUCAUAGUGUUAAAUUCAUUAACAUUAGUUUCGUUUUUUUCUUUUUUUUAGCUGGUGUUUGAUAAAUGUAAUGCAGAGGAUACUUAGAAUUACCAAUUAUUUCUUUCGUUACGAUUACACGAAAAGAAAAACCUCAAUCCAAAUUUUCUGCCUUCAAAACUGGCGUCAUUUGUUCAUUUCUCCCCCCCAUGUAUAUGGCAUUAUGUGUUGGUCAUUCUUAAUGCGUUUUCUCCUCAGUUUUUAUGUACAUAUUAUAUAUAUUGUGAACCAUCUUGUGCCAUAUUUGAAUAAUUUCAUUAAUAUAUUGUGUAAAUUGCAUUACAAUUUUAGUGUUAGAUCCCAUUGACUACUGAGAUAUGCAUGGUUUUUUUUUUUUUUGUAAGUCUGUACAAUGUAGUUUUCUUUGUAAGCAUUUCACAUAAUUCCCAUUGUAAAAAAAAAAAGUAUGAUCUCGAAUGAUGUGGUAUAUCGAAUGAGACCACCGUUUCCUGCCGGUACAGAUUUGAACUUUCAGAACUCUCAGUGCUAUCUAUAGACUAUUCACUGAAUUGUACUAUUAAUCGAUUGCUAUUAAUGUCAAUGACAAGGAUGAAGAUGUAGCACUCCAUAUCGUUCAACUUUUAUACUUCAGAAAACAAAGAGAGCUUUACAUAUUCAUGGUAUGUCUGCAUUUUGGAAACUGAUCCUAUUAUGAAACUGCUGGGGAAAAUGUUUUAUUUAUUUUUUAUUUAUUUUGGUUUGUUUAGAUGUGCACUCAUAUCUUUUGAAUAAGACACGUGGAAAAAGAUUUAGAUAUGAAAUAGGAUGUAUUUUGAAUUCUAAUGUUAUUGCGAAGUGAAAUACCCAUAAAUUCAUAUCUCUUUCUUUACCUCUCAAGCUCUUGUUGUAUUGUUUCUACAGUGCAAUUUUGGAUGUUUUGUUACUGUUUCCUCCACCCAUGAUCCACUCUGUCAUGUUUCCAGCCCCUGAUCGGUUCGAAUUUUUAUACCUCACACAAAUGAGAGGCUUUUUAUGUGAAAUUUGUAAAAUAUAUACGGUUUGAUGAAACCAAACCCUCCCGUGUUGCUGGUGCAAAAUGAUGGCGACAUUGGCAAACUUUGUCUUUCCCUUUUUAUCCAGUCUUGGAAAUAAAAUGGCCACUAUUCAGAA